CUUCUGUCGUCUUGAACAGGGGCACUAAUGAAGAAAAGUAUGAUCCGUUAUUAUUUCGCAAAUAAUUUGUUGACAAAAAUUCCGUCGGACUGUGCAGUGUGACGUCAUAGGUCGGUGGUGGAAGAGAGGUAGGAGAGGAAAAUGGCGAGUUGUUGCUGUGGGUUGUCCAGUGAUCCGUUGUAGUAACUGCGUGAACAGAGACAUAGACAAAGUGUGUGUUAAAUGUAGUUGUCGAAGAUAGUGAUUUGAAGUGCUGAAGACGACACCAUGACAGCAAACAUGUAUAGAGUUGGAGAUUAUGUAUAUUUCGAGACAUCAUCUACUUCGCCAUAUCAAAUUAGGAGGAUAGAGGAAUUAAACAAGACGCCGAACGGAAACGUAGAAGCUAAAGUGAUGUGCUUCUUCAGGAGACGAGAUCUGCCAAAUACUCUAAUCAUGCUGGCUGACAAACACCAAUGUGCCUUAGAAGAGGAAUGUGACAGCCGUGACAAGGAUCACCAGCUGUUGAAUGGAAAACAGCGUCAUCAGCUAAAGCAUAGAGAAUUAUUCCUGUCACGUCAGGUUGAAACGCUACCAGCCACACACAUUAGGGGGAAAUGUUCUGUUACCUUACUAAAUGAGACUGAGUCUUUGCUCAGCUAUCUCAAUAAAGACGAUACUUUCUUCUAUUGUCUGGUAUUUGAUCCAACACACAAAACACUUCUUGCAGACAAGGGGGAGAUAAGAGUCGGUAGCAGAUACCAAGCAGAACCAACACCUCUGCUUAGAGAAGAUGAAGAGGAUACAAGGAAUCUAGAAGAAUUAGAAACAUUGGUAUGGACACCAAAUCACCAUCUGAAUGAUAGGCAAAUUGACCAAUUUCUUGUAAUAUCGAGAUCGGUUGGAACCUUUGCACGGGCACUCGACUGUUCAAGUUCUGUGAAGCAGCCUAGUCUUCACAUGAGUGCAGCUGCAGCGUCAAGAGAUAUCACAUUGUUCCAUGCAAUGGAUACACUACACAAACAUUCAUACAAUUUAGCAGAAGCUAUUAGUUCACUGAUUCCAUCUACCGGUCCUGUACUAUGUCGUGAUGAAAUGGAAGAAUGGUCUGCAUCUGAGGCAAAUCUUUUUGAAGAGGCUCUUGAAAAAUAUGGAAAAGACUUCAACGAUAUUCGGCAAGAUUUUCUUCCGUGGAAGACUUUGAAAAAUAUUAUAGAGUAUUAUUAUAUGUGGAAAACCACAGAUCGUUACGUGCAGCAGAAGCGGGUGAAAGCUGUCGAAGCAGAAUCUAAACUAAAACAGGUUUACAUUCCAAACUACAACAAACCCAAUCCAGCUGUAAUUAACAACAAUAAGAAUGUUGUUAAUGGUAGCAGUAAUGGUGAAGCUGCUGUUGGUGGGAAAGCCUGUGAAUCCUGCAGUGGUACAGUCUCAAGCCAGUGGUAUGCCUGGGGACCAUCGCACAUGCAGUGUAAGCUGUGUCACAACUGUUGGCUGUAUUGGAAGAAGUACGGUGGACUCAAAGUACCAUCAAGAAUUGGAGAAAAUGACCCUGACAGUAAAAAGAAGUCUGGAAACAUGUCUGAUGAUGAGAGAGCUCCAUCAAACUUGACUUCUCAUCGACCACACAGGUGUAGUUUAGUGAAUUGUGGAAAAGAGUUCAAACUGAAGGCACACUUGGCAAGGCACUAUGCCACAGCUCACGGUUUGGCAAUACGUUCUGGUUCACCGAGGCCCAUCAUGAAAACCCGCACAGCAUUUUACCUGUGCACGACUCCAUUGACGAGACUCUCUCGUCGCCUUUGCAGGCACAUUAUACAACCUCGCCAUGCAGCCAGAGCGCCUUUCUGGCCUAUCAAUGUUGCUCACGUCAAGCAGGAAUGCCAGCUACAUAUGGGAGGGAAGACAAUGCUGGAACUGAAAGAGUUAAUGAGAUAUCGGAAAAAAGAGAGAGGUAGUGUAACCUACAUUGCAAACAGGUUGGGACAGUCAAAUCUUGUCACUCCUGAUUGGCUAAUCCUCACAGCCAAAGAUAUGCUGCCAAAGCCUGAUCAUGUUUCUUUUCCAAAACCUCCAAAAGCACCAGAUGGCACUCUCCUGUAUGAACGUGUCCCAAAUAAACCAGAAGCUGAAAAAGCUGCCCUCAAUAAUGUACCUGCACCUCUUCUGAAGCGGCGAGCUUAUGAAGAAGUGAAUGGUAUGGAUGAUCUGGAAUGGGAUGAAGGUAUUGUUGUACCACAACCGGGCCCUCCUGCGAAACGACCCAAUAAAGAAAUAGCACCUUCGCGAGGACCAGAAAACUUCCCACCUGUGGUGGGGCGAUCUGUCAUCAAUCACCUGAAUGGAAAACCCAAAAUGGCAACAAUGAUCCGUUCUGGUAGUGGUCGAAAGCAAGUAACAUCUUGGACAGAUGCACCAGAUGAUGUGUACUUUAGAUCCACAGAGGGUACCAAGUGAGUGAACUCUUCGGUACAUUAGAAGACAUGCACAUCAAAAAACCCUUAGGAAAAUGAGAAGACAGUUGACGGGUACGGAACUGAGGCGGGCAGCCAGGAAACCGUGGAGAAAACUCAACUUCAAGGGGACAGAUGAAAUGGUGGUUAUUCUUGACUGACAAAAUGAUCCACAGACUCUCUGUUGUUAAAAUAAUUUAUACUUUUGAGAUGGGAGCCUGCUCUGCGAUUCAAGAUGGAUCUCGUGUUUGCUGCUGUAAUGCAGAUUUGUGUGCAUGAUUAGUUCGUUCAUGUGUACAUGCAUGAAUUUUGUGCUGUGAACUUCUGAAGACAUUUAAGUGAAGUGAAGUCCUGAAGAUAGUAACUUUCGUUGUACCAAAAUGUUCAGUUAUUAUUUACGAAAACUGCUGCACAAAUACUUGCCCACUGCCUACCUAGCAAGUGGUAGAACUGUGUGUGCUGAAACAGAUGGUGAUUUCUUGUACACAUUUUUCAGUGUGAAAUUGUCAAAACAGGUGCUAUUAUCGGACACCGUAUAAUUGGAAUAUGUGUAGCACAAAAGUGGUGUUUGUGUUUCCAUGCAGCCUUUCUCUGUUACAAACAGGCUGUCCAGAAGAGUGUUCUUUGUAAAGUGAAGGGUAUCAACGAUUUACCAUUCCUCUUACUACUCAUUACAAUAAGUUGCCACCUGAAUGUGAUAAUUUUUUUAUGUAAGUAACAUUUGAUGGUGGAAAAUUGUUAAAUUUUGCUCAUGAUUCACAUUUAUAACUUGAAGCACAAAUAAAAUUUAUACGUAAUUACUCUUCCGCGAUUAUUACAUCCAGAGUGAAUUUUACUGGUGCUUAUUGGUAUGAAAAACUGACAAGUUUAUUGUGUCUUGUUAACUGCCGCUGUAUUACCUGUGUAUCUGGAAGCAGGUCCUUAAUCACUUCAAGAACAGUUUUGUCAUGCUGUUUGAGUGAUUGUGGAUUUUUUGAAUGUGUGUGCCAAGAAAUUCUUUUUCGGGAAAAAAAUAAAAAAAAAGUGACUGGAGUUGUACGUACUGCUCACCUAUGACAAGAAAUUGAUACAUAACUCAAAUGGGAUUGCUAGUUACAAGAAAGCUUUUGGCCCUCACAUAGUGCACUGUUCGGUGAAUCUGAAUGUGUAUGUAAUGAGACCUUUGCCAUGUGAGAAUUGGUUUGGGAAAGGAAGCAGUAAUAGACUUUUUUCUUUCCUGUUCUGCAUUAUUGUACAUAUAUGUAUAUUACAUCCCAAGAUCUGUAUCCUAUUUAAGAUAUGUCUGUUUCUUCCUGUUGUUGACUGUUAUUGCCAUAUUUAAAGACAUUAAUGCAAGUGGCAAUGUGGUGAUGUGCAGACCAGUUUGUAAUUCCAUAUCUAAUAAAAUACCACAUCUGUGCUAGCAUUAUAUUUGCAAGACAUUCACACAUACAGUUCCAUUUUACAGCAAAUGAUAUUGACUUGGGAAACCUCGUCUGUAAGGAAUGUUUCUUUUUAGCCAUGUUUUCAUCAUUAAACACUUUCUCUUUCUAUGAAGUAUUGUAGGUAAGUUGGAAGUGAAUAUCACAAUUUGUGUGUAUGCUCAUGUCACAUAGAAUGUCAGUAUUACAGCAAAUAGGAAGAAAGGAUUUUUUUAUACCCAAAAUUUAUUCAUUUUGUCAUUUGGCUUGUUUUUAAUGUGGGUUAGGGUAAAUAUGACACCCUGUAUAAAUAUAUCAAUUUUGUAGUUGCAGCAUAUAGUGUUAUGUUCCAGAGUGGAUUUUUGUUGAUUCUUCUUUUGUUAAUUUUCCUGUAACUUCAUCUUUAAAUAGAAGUUUAGUUCAUUUUGCAACGUGGAACACUAUUAUGACCCACUUUGGAUCUACAACAUGUGUAAAUAACACUGAAACCUACAGCCCAAUUUUCAAUUGAAAAAUAGAAAUCAACUGUUCGUGAACAUAGAAAGCAGAUCCAUUUAAUUAAUAAAAGCUAUAUUAAAAUAUUUUCUAUAAUAUUUGAUGUAGCUUAUGAGCUUUUUGAUGGAACUGUUCUGCAGCAGAGACAAAUUUUACCUGUGUUUUAAUUGUAACCUUGUUGGUACUUAGUCAGUGCUAAUUGACAAGUUUACAUAAAGAACUAGGUUGAAUGUUUCUUGAAUUUGAUUGUAAUAUAUUUUUAAAUUGAAGGUAUGUUGUCUGACUCAUAGGAUCAAGAAUCUUGUCGUCACAGUGGAUGGAAAAUUUAUGAAGUACAGUUCACACAAUAUAUAUAUUUCAUAUUUAAUGUGUAUUUCUAAAGUGUUUUUUCCCCAUACAAGCAAUAAAAUAUUUUUUCUGCUGUAAAA